AUGUCUUGGUCCAAUUAUGCGUGCCUGUAUGUAGUGGUACAUAACUUGCAUUAUGUCCGCACUUCCCUCGCACCAUCCAUCCUUUUUUUCAAAUUUAGAGAGUCGGCUCGGAUAAUGUUUGCUUCCUUUUUUGUUUUCAUAGAGUACUGGACUAUAUUAAUCAUGUCUUUACCUUCUGCUAUAAGAAUAACCUCAAAAAGUCCGACUUCCGCCAUAAUCUUCUUCCAUGGUUUGGGAGAUACAGGUCAAGGUUGGUCCUGGUUCCCACAACUCGUGAAGGCUUCGAAAAUCAUUCCUGAUGCAGGUGAAGGAAUCAACUAUGUCUUCCCAAACGCUCCUGAAAUCCCAAUAACUGUUAACGGCGGCAUGAAAAUGCCAGCUUGGUUCAAUAUAUACGGCUUUGGAGACCCUAACGCAAAACAAGACACUGAAGGGUACUUAAAAUCAUGUGAAUUAGUUAAAGGAUUCAUUAAAGAGCAAAUGGAUACUUACAAUAUUCCUGCAGAUAAAAUCAUUUUGGGUGGGUUUUCUCAAGGUGCUGCAAUUGCUUAUGGUGCCUUGGCGACUUUGGACAUCAAGAUUGGGGGAGUGAUUAUUUUGUCUGGGUUCAUUCCAGUUAAGGCAGAAAUUGCAAAGAGGCAUUUGUCGACAAAUUAUGAUACUCCAGUUUUCCAGGGUCAUGGGACUAUGGAUAACAUCAUUGGGUAUGCUAAAGGGGUUGAAACCUCAGAAUACUUUAAGGCCUUGGGGUUCAAGGCUGUGAAAUUUAAUAGAUAUGUAGGUGUUGCACAUAGUGCAAGUGACGAAGAGUUGAUCGAUGCUCAGAACUUUGUUAAGGAUAUUUUGAAGUAA